AUGUCCAGCGACACCACCACUGAGCCAACCACCACCACCACCACCAAACCCAAAACGAACAGCCGCCGCGUCUCAUGGUCAGAUUCAUAUACCAAAUCGGAAAGGGCCAUCCAAUCUCUCUCUCCCAUCCUCACUUCCAUCCCCCCUCCUCUCUUGUCCGCUGAUAACCCUGCUUUCUCCCUCCUCCAUGACCCCGACGUAGCAUCCCAAAUCUCAGCCCUCCUCCGCGAACCCGACUCCGGUGCCGGCGAAAACAACCUCUGCCGCUGGCUCUACGACACAUUCCAAACCUCCGACACUUCCCUCCAACUCGUCGUCCUAAGAUUCCUACCCAUCAUUGCCGGCGUAUACCUCUCCAGGGUCGCAUUGCGCAAGCCUCUCGCCGGGUUUGAAGCUGUUUUCUUGGCUCUUUAUGCCCACGAAACCGCCUUUCGCAAUGGCCAGUCAAUCACUGUCAACAUCCCUGACCUCUCUCACUCUAGCAUCUACCAUGAAACCAAACAAACCACCACCAAAAACAGCUCGAUGGAGCUGAAUUUAGGGGUGAUUUCUCCGACUUUGGAGCCUCAUGGCACAGUAAGAUCAACCAGGAGGGCACGUAUCGUUGGUGUAGCCCUAGAGCUAUAUUACAGUAAGAUAUCUCAAAUGCCAAUAGAUUCCAAGAUAGAUUUCUGUCAGUUCUGUGAGGUGUGGGCUGGUCAAGAUGGAAACAUAUAUAUGGAUGGUAUAGACGACAAGAUGGGUGAGUCCGAGGUGAGUGAACUCGGUGGCGAGAAGGAUGAGAAGGAUAAAGGGGUGAAGGAGGGAAGGAUACCUCUGCCAUGGGAGCUUUUGCAACCAGUUUUGAGAAUUUUAGGUCACUGCAUGAUGGGUCCCACUGGAAGCAAGGAACUACAUGAGGCUGCAUGUGCUGCAUGUAGGAGUCUCUAUGCAAGGUCUUUGCAUGACAUCAACCCUAAAGCAAUUUUGGCCACAGGGAGUCUUCUUAGGCUUGGGAAGAUUGGUUUGGACUCAAAUGAUGAUGAUUUUGAUCACACUGAGAUAUCAAUGUCUAGUUCUAUCUCCCUCUAA